GCACAGUGGCAAGAUGUAACAACUGUGGAGUGGACCCCAAACUCAAAGUUUCAAGGUUUAAAAUCUGAGGCACUAAUCCAAGAGCCACAGCUGGAAGAUAUGAAAUCUAUGCAAUUAACACCAAAGCCACAAUCGGGAGAUGUCAAAUCUAUGGUGCUAACCCCUGGGCCACAGGUGGGAGGUGUGCAACAAGUGGAGCUGACUCCAGGUUCAGAACUUCAAGGUUUAAAGUCUGAGUUGUUGAUUUCAGAGUCACAGCUGGAAGAUGUGAAAUCUGUGGCCUUAACUCCAGGAGAAUGCCUGAGAUGCCCAAGUCCACAGCUGGAAGGUGAGAAAUCUGUGGAAACAACCUUAAGCCCAGAGAUAGAUAUCAAAUCUGUAAAAACCACCCCAGAUUCCAAGCUUCAAGGUAUAAAAUCUGUUCAGUUGCAAGGUGAGAAUUCUGUGCCUUUUGUACCAGGGCCAUUGCUCCAAGGGCUUAAAUGGCAGGGUAUAAAACCUGAGGAAUUGACAUCAGAGCCACAAAUGCAAUACAUGAAAUUUUUGGAAAUUACCCCAUGUUUAAAACUUCAAAAUUUAAAAUCAUUAGAGGAGACUCCAGAUCCACUGCAAAGUAUAAAAUCUGUGAAGCUGACCCGAAGUCUAAAGAGGCAGGUAGAUAUAACCAGAAUACGAAAGUUUCAAAGAGUAAAAUCUGUGGAUUCAGCACCAAGGCAACAGUUUCAAGGGGUAUCAAAUGUGAAUGUAAGUACUGAGACAGAACAGAAUGGUGAGAUACCUUUAAUAUCACCAGAGAAGCAAUGUGUGAAUUCAGAGCAAUUUAAGAGAGGGUCUAAGUCAGAAGAUGGGGUGUCUUUGGAGUUAAAUCCAGAGCUAAACUUUAAAGAUGGAAAAUUAGUAGACCUCAACUUUGAGUUACAGUCGAAAGAAAUGAAAUCAUUUGAAUUGACCCCAGAAUCAAAUAUUCAAGAUGUAAAAUCUAAAGAGUUUAAACUUGAACCACAGUUGCACCAAGUGAAACCUUUGGUGUUAACUUCAGAACUACAGCUUCAAGGGGUGAAAACUGUUGAUUUAAAACAGGAGUCACAGCCUGGAUGUAUGAGAUGUAUUCAAUGGAUACCAGGACCUGAGUUCCAAAAUGUGAAAUCUAUAGGGUUAAAUCUUGGGUCUCAACCUCAAAAAGUCAAAUCUGUAGAGUUGAAAUCUUUUAUACAGUCAAGAGAUGUGAAAUCAUCUGAGUUGACUCUAGGGCCAAAAACUCAAGGUGCAAUGUAUAUGGAGUGCAACUGUGAGCCACAUUUGCAGAAUGUGAAAACCCUUGAGUUGCCCCCAGGAUCACAACUGCAAAAAGGGAAAUUUUUGGCAUCAUCAUCAGAGCCACAGCAUCAACGUAUGAAAAGUGUAGAGCUAAACCAAGAACCACAGCUUAGAAGUACAAAAUCUGUUGAGUGGAUACCUGCACUAGAGUUUAAAGGUAUAAAAUCUCUGGAUUUCAACACUGGGUCACAGUGGCAAAGUCUAAAAUUUUCUAAGUUUCCACCUAAGAUAAAGUCCCAAGAUAUGAAAUCUACAGAGUUAAAUCCUAGCUCACAGUUGCAAGGUACAACUUUUUCUAAAUCAACUAUAGGGACAAAGAUUCAAGGUGUCAAAUCUACAGAUUUCAAACCUGGGUCAUUGUUACAAGUUAUGAAAUCUUCUCAAGGGAUCUCAAAGACAAAUCUUCAGGAUGAAAAACAUAAAAAAUUAAUCCCUGGCCCCCAGAUGCAAGUUGUGAAAUCUAAGCAAAUACUGGGGACAAAGCUUGAAAAAGCCCCAUCAGGAGAAUUCACAGGCCCACAGUUGCAGGAUAUAGACUCUUCUAGGUUGCUCAUGGAUAUAAAACUUAAAGAUGUAAAAUGUAUGAAUUUAAGGUCUGGACUACACUUGGGGAGUAUGAAAUCUUCUGAAGUGGUAAAAAAAAAGCUUCAAGAUAUGAAAUCUGUAGAAUUGAAACCUAGCCCAAAGUUACAAGGUGAGAAAUCUGACUUGACCCUGGGGGGCAAGUUUCCAGGUACAAAAUUUGUAGAGUUGGACUCAGAUCCACAGUUACAACAUAUAAAAUGUUCUGACUUGGUCAUGGGUAUAAAGCUUCAAGAUAUGAAAUCUUUGGGGUCCAAUUUUAGACCACAUUUUCAAGGUACAAAAUCUUCUGAAGUGAUCCCAGGGACAAAGCUUCAAGAAAUGAAAUCUUUUUUUAACUCUGAAUCACAGAUACAAAGUAAAAAAUCUGAGUCAAUUCAAGGGACAAAGCUUCUAGAUGUGAACACCUUAAGGUUCAACCAUGGUCCAAAGUUACAGGGUGGAAACUCAUCUGAUUUAACCCAGAGGAAGAAGCUUCAAGGGGUGAAACCUUUGAAGUUCAACCCUGGACCACAGGGACAAGGUGAGAAAUCUGAUUUGACACUAGAGUGGAGGCUUCAAGAUUUGAAAUCUGUUGAGUUAAAACUUGUUCCACAGUCACAAGUUGUGACAUCUGAGUUAACACCAGAGACAAAGCUUCAAAGUGAAAAAUAUGUGGAGUUCACCACUAGACCAAUGUGGCAAGAUAUGAAAUCUUCUAAAUCGACUCCAGGUACAAAAGUACAAGAUGUUAAAUCUUUGGGGUUCAACUCAGCCCCACACAAUAGGAUGUUGUCUAUGUUGACACGAGGCACACACCUUCAAGGUAUGAAAUCUAUGGAAUUCAACUCUGGAGCAAAGUUGCAAGGUACAGAAUCCUCUGAGUCGAUAAACCUUCAAAUAAUGAACUCUACAGAGGUCAAUGAUGGCCCAAAAUUUCAGGUUGCAAAACCCUCUGAGUUGGCCUUGGAAUCAGAGGUUCACAGUGUGAUAUCUCCUGAGUUCAAUGAUGGAAAGCAGUGGCAAGAUGAGAAAUCUUGUAAGUUAAAUCCAUGGCCAGAGCUUCAAAGUGUCAAAUUUAUGGUGUCCAACCCUGAGCCAUAUUUUCAGGGUGUGAACUCUUCUGAAUUAACUUCAGAUUCAAAACAUCAAGGUAUAAAGUCUUCUGAAUUGAAUCCAGAGAUUCAAAGUGAGACAUCUAUGGUGUUCAACCCUGGACCACAUUGGCAAGGUUUGAAAUCUAAAUUGAUUACUGGUUCAAAGUUCCUAGACAUAGCACCUUUGGAAUGCAACCCUAGGCUACAGAUGCAGUGUGAAAAUUCUUGUGAGUUGAAUACAGUGACAAAAUUACAAUGUGUAAAUUCUACUAGAUGUAACUGUGGGCCACCCUUGCAAGGUGUAAAAUCUUUUGAAUUGACUUCAGAUAUAAUGACAACAGAGUUCAACUCUGGCCCAAAGCUGCAAGGUGUGAAUUCUUCUAAAUUGAAAUCAGGGUCAGAACUUCAAUGCAUGAACGCUAUAAAGUUUAAUCCAGGGCCACAGAUACAAGGCACGAAGCCUUCUGAAUUGAACGCUGGGCCAGAAUCUCAGGGCACAAAGUCUAUUUUAUUUAAUCCUGGAUCACAUUUGCAAGGUGUAAAAUCUUCUAAAUUAACUCCAGGGAUAAAGUUUCCAGAAGGCCAAGUUUUGCAGAACCACCUGGGGUCACAGCAACAAGCUGGACACUCUGUUUUGGAUCCUCAGUUAAAUGGUACAAAAUCUGUGUUAUAUGAAUCAGAGCCACUGUUUGAAGAUACAAAGUCUGUGAAGAUGAACAAAGAGCCAUUGCUUUGUGGUGCAAAUUCUGUGAACUUGAUUUCAGGCUCUGAGAUGCAGGACUUAAAAUGUGAGGUGUUUGCACUAGAAUCAUGUUUUCAAAAAGUGAAAUCUGUGGAGUUAAAUCCACAGUCAAAUACUGAAGUGAAAUCUGCAGAAUUAACCUCACAGCCAGCAUCUCCAUUUGAGGAUCGUACAGUGUUGACUCAUGAACAAGGGCAUCAGGCUGUGAAAUCUAUGGGGAUAAAAAUAAGGCCUCCUCAAGUUAUAGACUCUGAGGAUUUGAAGUUAAGACAGGUAUAUCAGAAGGGGGACUCUGAGGGGUUAACAUCAGGAGAAGAGUUACAAAUAAGGAAUUAUUUCUCUAGGCUUCUACACAACUCUUCAAACUCAGUCAUCUCAAGUUCUGCCAAAACAACAUCUGAAUUAGGUCUUUGGGAUUCUGAGAUGACAAAAGUAUCAAGAGCGUUGGAUAUAAAAAACCUUUGGACAGAUAUUUUGCAGCCUAAAGAGUCCUUUAUAGAUCCUGCUUCAACUUUUCCCUUUUUCUUUCAUAACCAACUCUCUGAGAAGACAACUAACACUGUAGAAACCUCCCAUUCUGAGAUCCCAUGGGUGUAUAACGUAUUUCAGGAAAGGGUUCAACCGAGGCAGGUAGCAGAGUUAGAGAACUCACUCCAGGGCCUCUCCCAACAUCCACCACAAAGCUGGAGAUCACCAUCUAAGACCUUCCAGGCAGGAUCAGGGGCUCGAAGAGGAUUAACCUGGUCUGUCCUGGGAAGACAACAGAAUGUCUGGGAGCGUCACUCCUGGAAGCAGAGACUACCUAGAAAGUAUCUCUCCGAUAUGCUAAUGUUGGGGAAUGUCUUGGGAACCACUAUGGGAAGGAAGCUUUGUUCUCAACCAUCUGUAACAGAAAGGUCUACUGCUGAUACCUGUCAGUCUAUUCAGAAUUUAUUUGGGGUUCCUGCUGAAUUGAUGGAAUUUUCCCAGAGUCUGCUAGAGACGGGUCGAGGCACUAUUUUUCAGGCUUCAAUGGUCAAAAACUACAUUCAGAGACAUACUUCAUGCCAUGGUCAUGAGAAAGGAAUGGCCUUAAGGGUAUGGACACGUGGUUCUAUGUCCUCCAUAAUACAGCAAUACUCUGGCACUAGAGUGAGAAUAAAGAAAACAAACUCAAAGCUCAAUGAUAUACCCCAGGAAGUCAUUCAGCACAGUCCUGUUUCAUAUACAGAGGGUCAGCUUCCUGACCCAGUAGAGUCAGAGUCUUCCUUCAAUAUAUUUUUCACUGUGAAAGAUCCUGUUCCAGUGGAAGAGAGUGAGAACUCACAGAGAGAUUCACAGACAAGGAUUUUUGAGUCCCAACACCCACUGGAGCCAAGUUUUCUUUCCCAGGCCCAGGCUGACCUCUCAGAACAGUUCCAAUUGCUAAAAGAUCUGCAGCUAAAAAUAGCAGCAAAACUGUUAAGGAGUCAAAUACCUCACAAUGUACCUCCACCUCUCACUUCAGGUCUGGUCCUAAAAUACCCUAUCUGCCUACAGUGUGGCCGAUGUUCAGGAUUUAAUUGUCAUAAAUUACAGACUACUUUUGGACCUUAUCUUCUUAUCUAUCCACAGCUCCACCUCGUAAGCACUCCUGAAGGCCAUGGAGAGAUCAGAUUGCGUCUUGGCUUUAGGUUACGAAUUGGAAAAAGAUCCCAAGUUCCAAAGUAUUAUAGAAGAGACAGACCCUUGACACCUAGGAGCCCUAGAUCAGCAGCUAAAAUCUGUAAUCAAGCUUCCAAGAGUCCUGCUUCUACCAUAGAUUUCCUUUCUCAGUCUUCCCAGUCUCCUGCUUCUGUACAAGUCCACAUUAUCCCUGACUUAGAAGGACAGACAGAUAUUAGAGAGCCUGGGCACUAUGAAUUCACUGAAGUUCACUCGUUAUCAGAGAGUGACUCUGAAAGCAAUCAGGAUGAAGAGUGGACUAAAGUGAGAAGCAAAAAUGCCCAUGAUUCAAAAAAUCCAAUGGAAAGAAUCAACAAGAGAUUUGGAACACAAAACAAAAAGUCCUAUACAAACAGUAGAACCAUAAUGCAGAGUCUCUCUAGGAAAUUACCAUCCCAGUUGAAAGGGAAAAGAAAUGGAGCAUCUCAGGCAGCUACUGCCUCUUUAAAAAGGCACCCCAAGAAACCCUCCCAACCCAAAUUCAUUAAACUGCUCUUUCAGGGACUAAGAAAGGCAUUCCAAACCGCACGCAGAAUUAUGGCAUUUGUUGGGCCAAAGCCUGAGGACAGGACAAGGGCGGACCAUUUGUGGUCGAGCAAAAACUGCCAACCAGAACAAAAAGCCUCUGACUAUAGUUCAGAAGGAGAUGAUAGCGAAAGAGACAGGAUGCCAGUUGUCAAGCUAAAGCCAACAGACCCAACCACUGAACAGGAGAGCAUGCCCUGGGAAGAAUUAGAACAGUUCUGCUCAGCACAACCACCAAAAACAGAUAGCUCUUUCCAAUCCACACCUUCCCCACUGCCCAGGUGCAGAGUUUCCCAAAGAAGUAUCACCACAAUCAGACACCCUUUGGGUACUGUUCAGAAUGAGAGUGGCAGCAGGCCUAAGGAAAACUGGUACGGAAAAGAAAUCUCUAGCCCAGAGUCCAAAAGAGGAAUCCCAGUUCAGGCCCAAGGGAGACUCCUACAUGGAACCCCUAAGAAGAGAACCUCCUACAGUGACUUUAAAGAGAUACUCAUGCCUAGGAAACCAAACCACCGCAGCUUCCACAGGGAAAGAGCCCCAUGUGAUUUCUUUGACAGGAGACAUAGUAGUCCCUCUCCGAGGAGACAUCGCAAUCCCUCUGGGAGAAACCAUCACAGUCUGUCUCGGAGGAGACAUCUCAGUCCACCUCGGAGGAGCCAUCACAGUCCCUCUGGGAGGAGCCAUCUCAGUCCACCUCGGAGAAGCCAUCACAGUCCAUCUCAGAGGAGACAUCGCAGUCCCUCUGGGAGGAGCCAUCUCAGUCCACCUCGAAGAAGCCAUCACAGUCCAUCUCAGAGGAGACAUCGCAGUCCCUCUGGGAGGAGCCAUCUCAGUCCACCUCAGAGGAGACAUCGCAGUCCCUCUGGGAGGAGCCAUCAAAGUUCUUUUCAGAUGAGCCAUCCGAGCUCCUUUGAGCGGAGAUGCCGCAGUCCCUCUGAGCGGAGAUGCCGCAGACUCUCUGCGAGGAGAAACCACAGCCCCUUUGAGAGGAGAGGACAUAGUCAUGCUGAGAGGGGCAGACACAGUCCAUCUGAGAAAACCCAUGGGAGGCCCUCGGAGAGAACUCACAGGCGCCCCAAGGAGAGACUCAGACACAGCUCGCGUUGGGAGAGGCCCAGACAUACUUUUUCUAAAGAUUUCAUGAGAUACUCAAAUAUCUCCUAGGGAUCACACACAAAAAAAGCCCCCCCCAAGCAGGGCAAAUUGGGAGCCCUGAAGGAAGCAGAUGAGAUGUCCGCCCCCAUUAUUCAUUUAUCCCCGCAAGUCUUCACCAAGCUCGCCUUUCCGGGCUUCUUUCCUGCUCAGCCAACGGACCCCAAUUCUUGCAUCCUC